ACGUGAAAAAGGCGUCGCCAUUCCGGACAGGGUUUUCGGAGUCGGGCCGGAGGUGAUGGCUGCUGCCGCUGGUGUGUCAGGCUUGACGAUGCUAGGGUUGCAAAAGGAUAUGGGGAGAUCGUGAGAUGUGGGGUGGUGAGGCAAAGGGGAAUUCGGGCUGCCGAUGGGUCCGAAAGGGUCGGGGCGCAAUGUCGUCGUCGGAACAGGAAGGUGUCUUGCUCUCCACCUCUCUUGCGAGCUACCUUGACGGAUUUGUGGUGUUCAGAUUCAGAUGGAGCUGCAAAGAAUAUUCUACCACUCAGUUUGAGCACACAUAGUGGCUCAAGAAACUGGAAGCGAUGCCACAUAUCUGAAAGGCUCCAUGAGACAGAGAAUGAAGUUUCUUGUUGCGGUUUGCUUCGGAUCAGCCAUGUAAAGAAAGCCCCUUUUCUUCAUUCCUUCUGAAAAAAUUGAAAUUUAGGAAGAGAACGGAGUCCUCGUGAAUGAUCAACACAACGCUAACAUGGAGAAGGAUGCUUUCCGUGACAUCUCGAAUCUUUGAUCCAAGAAAUCUCAUGUUUUAGCCGACAUUUAGAAGAAGACGACGAGACAUAAGGCGAUCGGGGAGGCAAGAGAAGCGCUGUCGAGAACCGGUGGCUCGAGCGGAAGAGAGGUGGAGAGGAGAUCGGUGCAUUGGAGCUUGUUCUCGGGAGGCGAAGCGAAGCUUUUUGGAUCGAGCCAUCCGAUAGCCGGUGAGUGGGAAAGAGACGAUGGAGAUGGCGGCGCGGAAGCAGGGGAAGAACAACUUCGCCGUCACCUGUAGCCUCCUCAGCCGUUACAUCAAGGAGAAGGGGAGCGUCGCCGAGUUAGGGAUCGAGAUGGGCCAACGACCCGAAUACGCCGCCAAAGGCAAAUCGCAAGCGUUUCGGCCGCCGCCGACCACCAUGAGCCUGUUGCCGGGAGCGGACGGCGAGAAGGAGGAAGACGUUUCCUCCGCCGGAAACGUCAUGGAGCUGUUUCCACAGCGGGCUGGCUUCGUCCCCUCUCUCGCGGCUGUGGCCGAAGAUGCCAGUGAACAAGAGAGGAACCAACUCACAAUCUUCUAUGGAGGGAAGGUGAUGGUGUUCGAAAAUUUUCCAGCUAAGAAAGCCAAGGAUCUGUUGCAGCUAGCAAGCAAGGGGAGCUCAACUGUGCAGAAAUCUGGCCAUCUAUCAAGAACAGUACAGCCUAAUCUAUCUUACCUUCCUAUCGCUCGAAAUGCGUCGCUCCAGCGAUUCCUCGAGAAGAGAAAAGAUCGGAUCAGUGCGAGAGCACCAUAUCACGUUACUGCCUCUCCUGAAACGGUGAAUCCUGUGAAGCAAGAGAAGAGCGGAUCAUGGCUUGGCUUGGGUCCUCAAUUCUCAUUUCCCAGCCUCAGUCUGAGCUCUGAGCACACCAGAUAGGAUCACCCGUAAGGCUCAGGAAUCUCAGAUGAUGUCAAGUCUUGAUUACUUCUUUUUCUAGAAUACUUCUUCGUGGUACUGUAAAAAAUGUGUUCGAUGUCACUGACGACUUAGGUUUCAGAUUCUUCCUUUUUAACAGACUGUCUCAUAUUGUUGCCUUAUAGGAAUCAAAGGAACAUACAUGUACCUAUUAUCAUGAUAAAUUCAAUACAAAUUUUGUUUGCAGAA